GAGCGGUUAGCAGUCGCAGCAGGAAACAGCGGGUCGGCCGCUGGAGGGGCGCGCGGGGGAUUGUGGGAUCGCGGCGGUGAGAGCAAAAAAAAAAAAAAAAGUGAAGGGAGAGCGCGAGCGAGAGCGACACCCCCGCGAGCGAAGGAGGGGGCUCGAGCCCGCAAGCCAUGUUCUGGAAGUUUGACCUCCACACAACCUCUCAUAUCGAUACCCUCUUGGAGCGUGGCAACGUGACCCUCUUUGAGCUUCUGGAUGAGGAGGAUGUGUUGCAGGAGUGCAAAGUGGUCAAUCGAAAACUUGUGGACUUCCUGGUGCAGCCAGAGCACAUGGAGGCCCUGGUCACCUGUGUGACCGAGGAGCCCCCUGGAGAUGUGGACGAGAGAGUGCGCUACAAGUACCCAAGUGUAUCAUGUGAGAUUUUGACUUCUGAUGUCACACAAAUAAAUGACGCUUUGGGUGAAGACGAGUCCCUGUUGCGACGUCUCUACAGCUUCCUGCAGACUGGUGGUAUUCUCAAUCCGCUGCUGGCCAGUUUCUUUAGCAAGGUCAUGGGGAUCCUGAUUAACCGAAAGACUGAUCAGAUAGUUGCCUUCCUGCGCAAGAAGGACGACUUUGUCAACCUGCUGCUGCGCCACAUUGGUACCUCAGCCAUCAUGGACCUCCUGUUGCGGCUCCUCACCUGCGUAGAGCAGCCACAGCUUAGGCAAGAUGUGUUCAAUUGGCUUAAUGAGGAGAAGAUUGUUCAGAGGCUCAUUGGGAUGAUCCACCCUUCAAAAGAUGACAAUCAACAUUCCAACGCUUCACAGUCCCUGUGUGACAUCAUCCGGCUGAGCCGUGAGCAGAUGAUCCAAAUCCAGGAUAGUCCUGAGCCGGACCAGUUAUUAGCCACACUCGAAAAGCAGGAGACAAUUGAGCAGCUGCUAAGCAAUAUGCUGGAUGGAGAACGGAACGAAUCUGUCAUUGUCAAUGGCAUCCAGGUCUUGCUGACCCUGCUGGAGCCGCGCAGACCCAGGACGGAGCUGGGGGGCAUGGGGGGCUUUUACUGCAAUCUGGAGGGGCAGAUGGAGAUGACCGGGCCUAACUGUGAAGUGGCUUCCAGCCAGGCCAGUCUGGGCACUCUGCUUGCCAUCAAACAACGCCUCAGGGAGCUUCACCAGCUGCUCCUCGACCCACCAAAGAAAGAGCCUCUUCAGACAACUUGGGGGAUGCUGGACCCGCCACUGGGAAACACACGCCUACAUGUGGUGAAGCUGCUGGCCAGCUCGCUGGGCACUGACAAUGCAGCGCUGCGGGAUGAGAUUAUAGAACUUGGGGCCGUCAACACAAUGCUGGACCUCUACUUCAAAUACACAUACAACAACUUCUUGCACGCUCAGGUGGAAGCCUGCCUUAGCAAUGUUUUCAGCUCACAUGCCGGAGACAAGACUAUAGAAAACCACUCGGAGCCCCUGCCAGAGAGCCCCAUCAUCCAACAUCUGCUACAGAAGUGUCGUUUAAUCCAAAGAAUCUUGUCUGCCUGGGAAGAAAAUGAGCAGUCACAGUCGGAUGGGGGCAGACGCAAGGGCUACAUGGGGCACCUGACCCGCAUUGCCAACGCUUUAGCACAAGGCUCUGAGAAGUGGCCUCACUCCACCCUCAUCAAGCAGCUUCUGAAAGAGCUACCGGAGGAUGAACAAGAGCAGUGGGAGAAAUUUGUCUCGGGGCCCUUGUCGGAGACUAAUAAGAAGAACACUGUGGAUCUUGUUAACAUGCACAACCUCCACUCGUCAAGUGAUGACGAUGAGAAUGACCUCAAGGAGUUCAAUUUCCCCCAGGAGGCUGUGCUGCAGCAGGCCUUUGUCGAUUACCAGCUGCAGCAGAUGACUUCAGCAUUCAUUGACCACUUUGGCUUUAAUGAUGAAGAGUUUGGCGAGCAAGAAGAGAAUGUCAAUGCACCCUUUGACAAGACGGCCAACAUUACCUUCUCUUUGAAUGCAGACGAUGACAGUCCCAACUCCAACCUGUUUGACAUUUGCUACAAAGAACGGAUCCAGCAAUUUGACGAUGAUGAAGAGGGUGAUGGUUCUGAUGGGGAAGACAUCUGGCAAGAGAAAGAAGCUGCUAUCUCUUCUGGCAAUGCACAGCCCACAGCGGCCAGGAGUGUUGGAAGCACAGAUAGUGAAGACAGUGAGGACUCAGAAGAAGAGGGUGAAGAGGAAGAUCCUGGUGGGGGAGAUGGAGAUGCCACUCAUGUCAGCAAUGGCUGCAGUGAACAAACAGAGGGGGACAGAGCAUCGGGAGAUCCCAGCUGGUCAGAUAGUACCUCUACUGUGCCUCCCCACCCUGUGGCUGCUGACACCGGAGCAGCAGUGUGGGACAGGCACAGCUCGGGCUCCUUCUGCUCCACCACAGAUGAGAACUGGGCCUCCUUCACAGAGCCCCACACACAGCAAGAAAGUCCUUCCAAAGCACUCACAGGUCCUGCUUCCCCUGCCAUCCUCCCUCAGGAAGCGACGCAAAGCAAUGUAUCCCCCACCGGAGCAGCCUCUAGUGUUCAACAGGAUCCUCCCACUCCAGACACAGGCCCCCCAGAAGGGUGUGACCCACCAAAUCCUACCACCAUGACAACAGUAGCCAGCACAGUAGAACCUCUCCCAUCUACCUCUGAUUCUGCCCAGCCGCUCCAGGGGACAACAGAGGCUCCACAACCUGAGCACAGAUCCCCACAGACAGAACAGCAGCAGCAAGCGGUAGCCAGAUAAAAGCCUCUUGGUGGGUCUCAUCACUGGGGAAGCUCGCUCAGUUAAGUCCAUUUUGCCAUGGACUGUCCCCAGUCCUUCCGGUGCCUUCACCCCUGUGGGCAGAUGGGGGGGCAGAAGAGAAAGCAGCAAGAAGGCAAAGAAAGAGCCUGGCCUCUCUCCCUCCCUUACCCCUAGCAAUCACUGAAGAAAUCAGGACCUGGUACCAGCGAGCGCCUGCAGGAGAAGUGGAUGAUCAUGCAGAGAGUGGCAAAGGCAUCUUCCCUCUUUGCGGCGCCUUGGUUGGUGAAGCCCAACAACAUAGUGGUUCCAAUGAGGGGGGGGUAGUUCCUCUCUCCUCCGCCCCUUCCCAAAUACACAUACACAUUGCUGCACUGAGCAACCUGUCUGUUUGAUGCAAUUAAAAUUGACACUUGAAUUGUACCAGAAGUCUGCUGAAUGGGGCAGGGAGAAAACGGUCAAGCAAAACCUCUCUUGACAUACUGAAAGCUCCUCUUCUAUCCGAUGGCCCCACCCACAAGCACAAAUCUGCCACACCCUUCCAGUCUCUCUCUCUCUCGCUCUCUUCCCAUCUACUCCCAAAUUUUGUUGAUAGGGCUGGUGGGAACUAGCAGAAGUCACCACCCAGUGUCCGAAGAGUUGGGAAUUUGCUGCAGAAGCUCAUCAUGGACUUCACUGAGGACUGCUACCUCAAGCAAUAGUGUUUAGGAGAGCAGUGUGGGCAAGUUGGGGUUUGGGAUGGGUGAGAAGAAAUCACUGCAUUUUAAAAAAAUGAAAUUUGCAUUUUAACGUGUGUGCGCGCACACAUACCAAGUCCCCAGGAACUUACGGCUGUAUGAAGCUGACAUCUGAGAUGAGCAGUGGGUGGCUGGAAGCGGAUGGCAGAGCAAGGCCCUCUGGGUGCCCUAGCUGAAAAUCAGGGGGUUCUCCCCAAAGGAACACCCCUUCGUCAGGUUGGGGUGUGGGGGGGUGGGGUGUUCAGCCUUAUCAGAUUUUAGAAUUUGAAUUCAUCCCUCCAAACAUUAUCCUGGUUUCUCUGCCCCUUUAAUAUGUUCACCAGCUCGCUGGGGUUUAAGCUGGGUCCUCACCCCAGUCUCCUCCUAGAGGUUGUGCCUCCCCUCCCCCUUACUUUCAGCACUGGGUUUUUGCUGUCUUGUUUUUCUUACGACCUGUCGAAGGGCUUGUUCAAGAACUCCACUGUCCCCCACAGGCCCAAGCAACAGACACCUGGCGGGAGGGAGAAGCACAGUGGCGUGUCACUGCAUUCUUCUUCCCGUGGCAGCUGUUCUUUGAAAUGCACGUAUGUAGGAAAAUGAUUUCCCCCUGGUGUAAGAGGGAUGUUCCAGCCAGUCCCAGAAAUGGUCUCGAUCCAUAACUUAAGAAAAGCACUGAUGUGUGCAAAGCAACAUUUCUGUAACAUCUCCUGUCCAUCUGAAUGUGAGAUAAUGACAAGCUGUUGUUUUCCUCCUCUGAGUUUGGCUUCUGCAGAUAAGGGAAACCAGCUGCACUUUAAGAAAUAAAGAACUGGUUUUCCGUAGAUUUUGGCCUGCUCACUUGCUGCCCUUUAUUACAGUAAGCAUUUUGUCUCCAAAUGCAUCCUAAGGAGGGGGGGGGGGUCAAAAAUGGUGUGUGUGGCUGCAGAAUGUCUUAACUAUAAAGUCCAGCAUAUUCUUCAUCCACUCACCACUCGUGGAGUUUGCUUGGGCUGUUUUGCCACUGUUGAGAACCAAACUCCUCUGCCUUUUUCCUAGUUUUGACUCUGAGUCCUAAAUGUUAUACAAGACCAUACUACACUUGUAAGGAAAGUUCAGGGGUCCUCACUGGAUCCCAUUCUGUACUUACUUCAAAGAGGCCCUAAUACCUUCCUUGACUCGCCAGAUCCUUCUUGGGAGUCUACCAGAGACCCCAGAACUACUGCUUCUCUCUUCUUUUGUCUUCCCACUUCCCAACUGCUGGUGUUUGUGGAGUUCCUGUCGCUCCUUUAUAGUGUUUUAAAAAAAAAAUCACUGCCUCAUCCUUACCUCUGACUACAGAAUCGACAAGAACGCUACAAAAGCUCAGCCAAGAACGCCUUGAGGUUUUUGAAGGUGUGUGUGGGAUCAGUACCCAUGGGGGUCUAUGUGGGUGCAUCCAUGUGUCUGUCUGUCUGUAGGGAGGUUAGCAAAGACAGUCAAAUGCCAGGGUUCCUGGAUGUCAGUCUUAAAACAUUGAGGGCAGAAGGCAGAGAAGUUGUGGCGAAGGGAGUCUUGGGUCCUGUGGGUCUGUAUCUAAGUUCCUUGCAUAAGCACUAAGCCCUCCAGUUCCACCCCACCUCUUUACUUCCAGGUGGUCUGUAGCCUUGCUCCUCCUCCUGUCUCCCCCUCUUCUCCCUCCCCCAUAUAAGUGGCAAUAUUUCUUGAAGCUCUUAAACCACAAAGGACAGAAGUGGCCUUUCGCAUCGUCUGCGUCAUGCCAUGUUGGUAAUUAUUUUUCCUUUUAUUUCCCUGUUGUGUGUAUGUGUGUGUUCUGUUUGAAUAAAGAGAUUCUAUGGCUGUA